AUGAAAAGCCUAAAAUUCAAAGUCCACGGUAGUGGAACCAACAUAGAGGGGAGUUUUGAUGAUGUGAUGAAAGGCGUUCAUAAAUGUGUUGAUAAGGUUCAUGAAAUGGGUUGUAAACGCAUUGAUACAACUAUCCGUAUUCAGUCACGUACUGAUAAAUUCGUGUCAUUAGAAGACAGUAUUCGUGCUGUUAAAAGUCGUCUUUAA